AUGGAAACUAACGAUCUCGCUUUGCUAACUAAGAUCAACUCCCCUACUACUAUGGGUACUAGGUUGCAACGGACUACCUCGACGAUUGACCUGAUAUUCUCCAACGUCCCAGGCUCAACAGCGACUAUCGAAGAGCAUCUUACCCCAAAGGCGCGCUUCGAACCUCCUCCUAUCCAGAUUAACAACCUGGUAUAUACGACUGAUGAAGAGAGGGCCCAAGCACUCCUAACCGCAAAGCUUGCUACCCGAAGUGCAGAGGAGGAUAUUGAAUUCGACCUCGAAAGCGAUACCUCUAGCCAGCAUAUCCCCUUUGAAGAUGUGCUAUCUAAAAGAGAGGUGGAGGACUCUCUGCUUCGAACGGGUAACACUACUCCCGGGGCCGAUGGUAUCACAACGAAAAUGCUCCGCGCCGUAUGGCCUAGUUUAGGAGAUGCAAUAACUCUCCUAUAUAGCUCAUGCCUUCGCCUCGGAUACCACCCUGAGAUCUUCCGUAUAGCGGAGGUAGUUAUGAUUCCUAAACCCAAUAAGCGCGACCUCUCCAGCCCAACUGCCUGGCGCCCAAUCUCACUGCUCCCAUGUCUAUCAAAGGGGCUUGAACGUGCCAUAGCACGUCGUCUUGCUUUCCUAGCUAUCAAGUACAAGAUUAUCCCGCCUAAGCUUGCGGGUGCCUUGCCGAGACGGUUAGCUAUUGAUAUUGUGUUAGCUCUGAUCUUCGACAUCGAGAGCGAGGCCUUCAAGAAGCGACUUGUAGCUACGCUAGUUACAAUGGACACCAAGGGUGCCUUCGAUGCAGUCCUGCGUAAUAGACUAAUUAAGCGCCUAUGCGACCAGGGAUGGCCGAGGUUCCUUGUCAAAUGGGUCUUUAGCUUCAUGUCUCUCCGAAAGGCAUACGCUCGUUUCGGAAUAGGCUGCUCGGGAGUUAUCAUAUUACCAUGCGGCCUACCCCAAGGCUCGCUAAUCUCUCCUAUACUAUAUCUCUUGUAUAUUGUUGCUAUCUACUCCUUGGAUGGUGCUGACAGAAGAUACGGCUACGCGGACGAUACAGCAAUGCUCUUUAUUGGAAAAUCUCUGACAAAGACUACUCAAAGGGCUAACGAAGCUAUCAAACAAAUGGUCGAAUAGAGCCACUCUUCUGCUAUUACAUUUGAUCCCUCAAAGACCGAAAUUAUACAUUUCUCCCGGAAACAAAACAACAGCAGCCCAGCAGUACUCCAUAAUAGUAAAGUAUACACUACAGAAGCAUCAAUGAGAUAGCUUGGGGUUCUCCUAGAUAGAAAGCUCUUCUUCAAGGCUUAUAUCACCUACUAGAGACAGAAGGGCUCUAAUGUAGCAAAUCUACUGCGUAGUCUAAGUAAUACCAUAUCUAGUAUUGCCCCGGCUGCAGUGCGGCAUGCUGUCUUCACAGUUAUCGUACCGAUCAUGCUGUAUAGUAUGGAAGCGUGGCUCACAGACGACCCUACACCUUCGAUGAAGGGCUCCUCACUUCGUCUCUCCCAAACUCAGCUUAACGCUAUACAGAAAUGUCUCAACACUGCUUGUAAAGCUAUUCUCCCUGUAUGGAGGACCACGCCCAAUAUCUACCUCUGGAAAGAAGCAGGCGUACCUGCUGCAGAGGACCAGAUCAAGGCUGCUCGUGCACGUAUCUCGCUUCGAAUAGCCACAUUAGACGACCAACACCAUCUUCGAAUCCGACUCGUAAACCUCCACCACCGAAUACGCUUUGAAAUAAACCCCGCUGCCAGUCGAAACGUUGCACAGCGCUAUAUAAGGCUCUUCAGGCUUUCCAGGAUACAAGAAGAUAUAGAUAGCAUCCCGCUUAUCCCAAGACGCUUUAGUGACAAUAUCCACACUAUAUUGAACUCGGCUUCAAAGGAAGAGGAGACACAAGCACAUCUCUCCUAGCUCCGUACUAACCCUGAUAGGCUUAUUAUUUACUCGGACAGUUCGAAGCUCGAAGACAAUAAAGCAGGCUAUAGCUAUAUUGUCUAUAGGAAUGGGACCGAGAUUGAUAGAGGAUCUCGGCAACUCGGCUUUAGAGAGGUCUUCGACGCUGAGAUCUCCGGUGCUCUACGCGGCCUCCGGCAAGCUAUAAAGCACUGUACCCCAAACACUCCGAUUACUGUAUGCAUUGACAACUCGUCCGUCGUACGUGGCAUCGGAGGCACCGCCCCUAUGUCAUCUCGUGCUGAAUUCCUCGCAUUCCAAGCCAUUGGAGAUGAAUUCCCAGGCAGAAUAUCAGUUAGAUAGACCCCCGGACAUAAAGACAUACCUGGCAACGAAGCAGCAGAUGCUCUAGCCAAGAAAGGGGCCGCAGGGCCUCUUCGAGAUCUUGCACCAUCAAUUGCGCAGCGACGGCGCGAGAUCCGCGCUUUGCUCCCCCGACUCUUUCGCACAUGGUAGGAAUCGGUAGAAAAGAGAACCUACAAGUCUCUUAGACAAACAGCUAACCUAUAAAAGAUCCCAGAACUCGAUAUCCCCCAACGACAACUCCGACAUCUCCUCGCUGCAAAGUCUAACCACGGCGACUUAGCCAAGUACAAUCAGCGCUUCAAUCAAGAAAACACUACACUAGAGUGCCCAUAAAGCAAAGAGAAGACUCAAAAAAAAUUGUUCUACUGCCGAAAGGUCCCUCUAGGCUUUCGAGCUCGGCUCGCACCCGAUGAAUCGAAGUCUAUCGGUCGCUUUCUCGGCUCGCAGUUCAAGGUGUUCUGUCGAAUCGCGGACGUGUACUUCAAUAGAAUCUGUACACAUAGGUAGUAAUACCUCCAC